ACAUAUGAUUAUAAUCAUCAAACUAUUCCAGCUACAUCAGUACAGGAGAAACCCUCCACACCUCCUCCACCUGGAGUAGAAUCCACUGCUUCCAAGAUAGAUGGGACCGUAACUGUGACAAGCUCCAUUUCUCCAACCUAUGAUCCAUCGUGGUGUACUUCGACUCCAUUUCAUUCUCAGAACUUCCCUUAUGCCUACCCUUAUUCACCAGCGAUCCCACCUCGUCAACCAGUCAUGUUCGACUUAGGUCCGCAGAGGCCUAUGAUCUCAAACGUCUCUUAUCCUUCAUACGGUUCUCCACAGUUCCCACUACACACACAAAGUCAAUUAGGGUGUAACUGGUACACGGCUAAACCUACUUAUGGUUAUCCGGCUAACGGAAGUGCAGCUCAGUCGUUUGGUAUGUGGUCAGACGGAAGACCAUCUGUUCAUCCCAACGGUUUGGCAGUGACAGGUCCACAGUUUCCAUUGCAGAGUACUUUAG